UAUUUGACAUCGACAUUAAACCUUUCAUAUUCUAUCAUAUAAGGGGCGUUGAUAAAGAGUUGUUGUUGUAGUUGUAGUUGUAGUCAUGGUGCGAGCAACAAUUCCCACGGCUUUUUGUCCAACUCCAGUCCCACAGAUUCAAAAUCCGUAUAUUUCCGUCCUGACUUCGGUUUCCUUCUCUUUUCCCACUUUUCCGUGACCGACUUUCAUCUUUACAAACCAGAUCUCACCUCGCCUCACCUACUAGACCAAAACAUACUACUACUACUACUAUUUUAAGUUAUAGUUAUUAGAUAUCGGUAUCGGUAUCGCCUGUGCUUGCUUAUAAGAAAGAACCCUCUCUUCUUUCUCUCGCAGUAUGUCCGAGCCUGUCCCGCUUUGGCUGGAUUGCGAUCCGGGCCACGAUGACGUCUUCGCCAUCCUCCUAGCCGCCUACCACCCGGGCAUCCGGCUCCUGGGCAUCAGCACCGUGUUCGGGAACGCGCCCCUGGACAAGACCACGCGCAACGCGCGCUCCGUCCUCGCCGCCAUCGGCAAGCACCCGGAGAUCCGCGUGUAUGCCGGCGCCGCCCACGCCCUGGAGCGCCCGCCCAUCCACGCCACGGCCAUCCACGGCGAGUCCGGGCUCGACGGCACCGAUCUCCUGCCGCCGCCGCCUCCGUCCCCUUCUCCUCCUCCUCCUUCCCCAUCCCCAUCCCCUUCCCCUUCUUCUUCUUUUCCUUCUUCUUUUCCUUCUUUUAAAAAUGUCGACGGAGACGAAACCAAACUCUCCUCCCCCGCCGUCGAAGCCAUGGCCUCCGCCCUCAAGCGCACGCCCCCCCGCAGCGCGUGGAUCGCCGCGACCGGCGCCCUGACGAACGUCGCGCAGCUGUUCGCGCGGCACCCGGAGCUGCGGGCGCACGUGCGGGGCGUGAGCGUCAUGGGCGGGAGCGUCGGCGACGGGUUCACGCCCGCGGUGAUGGGCGUCGUCGACGGCGUCCCGCGCGUCGGCAACUACACCCCCUGGGCCGAGUUCAACGUCCUGAUCGACCCGGAGGCCGCCGCCGCCGUCUUCGGCGACGAGGUUCUCAGGCCCAAGAUCACGCUCGUCCCGCUCGACUUGACGCACCUCGUCCUGGCCAACGCGGAGGUCCAGGAUUUGCUGCUUUAUGGACCGCCCGAGGACGGGGGCGUGAGGGAGGGGAGGGGGAAGACGGAUUUGAGGGUUAUGUUGGUCGAGUUGUUGAAUUUCUUCGCUGGGACCUAUCGCGACGUAUUCGGCAUCGUAGAAGGCCCGCCCCUGCACGACCCGCUAGCGGUCGCCGCCGUGCUGGCAGGCACCGAGCACGAGAUCCCGUUCUACGACUACGACCCGAAGAGCGCUGAGGGGCCGAGCCGGCGGGAGCGCUUCGCGGUCGAGGUGGUGACCGAGGGCACGCUCGAGGAGGCCCGGGAGCGCGGCGCGCAGACCGGCCGCACGCUCGUCACCCUGCUGCCGCCCGGCCGCGAGGGCGUCCGAAUCCCCCGGGGCCUGGAUAUCCCGCUGUUCUGGAAGGUUAUCGAGGAGUGCUGCGCGAGGGCGGAUACGGUGAACAAGAAGAUCCUGGACACCAAGCCUUUGAAUUGAUUGGCGAGUAGGUUACCUAAGGUUAGAUCUUGUGUGCGAUUAUGACGCUAUAAACCUAAAGAGAGAGAGAAGAGCAGCGGAGACUACUUGAUAGACUGACUGGCAAUGAGUUCAUGACAUAAAGAGACAGACAGACAUACAUUACAUUUGAUUAUAUUGGAUACACAAGAUAGUACAAUUUAUUCUUUAGAAUGCCCG